GGGUGAGCUGACUAUUGAAGGGAGUUCACAGAACUUGAGAAUUUUUGCCUUGUGGUCUUGAAGACAUUAUUAUUAUUAUUUUUACAUGGUCAUUGAUCAGUAAUCUUGUCUGCUACAUACAGAGUGAGAGUUGACCAAUUAGUUGUGGUUUGCCUUGUGCCUUUCUCUUAUGGUAUAUAUUUGAGCCCCUAUAGCUAUCUGCUAAGCAGCCCCAAUAGCAAUGUCUCAGUGUGUAAAGCACUACGUGUAGACCGCAUGGUGUGGUGGGUUCAAAUCUCAUACAGGGCUGCUAUUUCUUCAAGAGUUGUCUUUGGUUUUUUUUACCAUGUGACACCUUCUAGCCGCUCUUAACACCCUCUAUAGUGCAUCUUCUGCAGAGUACCAUGCCCGUCCAACCUCUUAGUGAUAAGCCUUUGGACGCCAUGAGUACAUAGCUCCUUGAACAAGCAGAAAAUUGUGUCUAAGUAUUAGCGCCUAGUAUUUAAACUGCCAUAUUAUUAAUUCUUAUGGAUAUCAUAUAGACAUGUUCAUAAUGUGUAACCAUGGCUGGUUACGUGUUCAUCUUUCAGGUGUGGUUUUUUGGUCAUAUCUUCUAUGGUGCAAACAGCAUUGACGUGUUUAUUAUUCCUCCAAAUAUUGAUAAUGUUGGAGGAGCUGUCUGGUUUCGGAAAAGCACCUCUCAAAACACAAAGGAGAGAGCAUUGACUGACAUACAACGUGUGUAUCCCUCUGUGUCAUACAUUGACCAGAUUUUGAUUGCCACAUGGGAUCAUCUUCACCUUUUGUCCCAAAACUAUCAGACCAACACAUUCCAGGCUGUAAUAGCAACUUCUGGAAAUGAAACUUACAUAAUGUAUCUCUACGCUGAUGGUCUCAUGCAAUGGAUAAGUCAAAAUGGUGGUAUUAAUGAUUAUGGUGGUAUUUCUACUGCAAAUGUAGGUUAUAGUUCGGAAACCUUCGAGCUUCCCGGUUCUGAAACCUGCAGCAUUAUUCAUAUUACUUCAAGAUCUAAUGUCGGUAUUCCAGGAAUGUUUGUGUUUGAUCUGGACGGAACACACCCAGUUUUUGUCUCAGAAUGUGAAGAGGGAGAUGUUCGUCUAGUUGACAGCAACAUGAACACCAAUGCUAGUGGUAGAGUGGAGAUGUGUCUGGGUAGUGAGUGGAGGGUAGUGGGAGAUGAGACCUGGGGAGUGGAGGAGGCUACUGUUGUCUGCAGACAGUUGGGACUACCAACUGAUGUGGUAGUGGUAGGAUGGAAUCUAAAGAGUGCAGGUGUUCCAAUAAGCUGCACUGGCAAUGAGUCUUCACUGAUGGAUUGCAGUAGUGAGCCUGGUAAACGGGGUCGUUCUUUUAUGCCACUGAGAUGCAGUGGAGGGGCCACAACAUCCACCUGCUUGGCUACUGACGACUGUGGGGAUUUCCUAGGACAAGACUCUCCAACAUUCCAGCUGUUUGCUUUAACAGAUAUGGAAGUUGUGUUCCAUUCUCACCCUAUCUGUUGGGAAGUGGUGGUAUUCCUUGUGAUAGUGUCUAUGAGAGUGGAACUGACUAUGUGUACCUCAAGAAUAGUAGCGAGUCCUUCCAACCACUCAAUGUACUUGGGGAGAUUGAACAACAGCUAGAUGACGUAUUCCCCAAUCACGACUGUACACUCUCAACUGUAAGAAUGAUAUGUCACUACUACCUGCCUCCCUGUGGAAACUAUAUUCAUUUUGAGCCACCGACCUCAGUCUGCUCUGAUGCCUGUUAUCUACAAAUUGAGAGUAAUCCUCUGAACUGCUCAUUAUCUGAAUCAAUUUUGAAUCCUAUCCCUCAUACAUCUUGCUCUAAUCUCGGAGUGUAUACAAGUAAGUUUAGUAUACUAUACUAAACCUACACUGGCUUCAUCCC